AUGGAUUUCGUCUGUUGUUUCCGACCGCAUCAAUCUUGUCGGGGAAUUUCAGUUCUGCCUGCUUUUGGCACUAGGAGCAGUCUCUCCGCCGUUAAUUGCCUCCGCCCCGUAACAAGUCUCUGCAUUAGAUUCCCGACGACGCCGUUUCUUCAGUAUCCGAAAUUUUCCAUAAAGACUUACGCAAAGAAGAAGAAGAAGAACAACACUAAAACGAGUAUCUUCGAAUCUAAACCAAACGGAGAAUCACUCAUUGAAGAAGAAUCAACAAACGAAGAAGAAGAAGAUGAUGAUGAAGAAGAUGAGCAAGUUCUUCUUGAAGAUGUUCUAGACGUUUUGCAUUUCUCAUUUCUUGAUUUUGAUCUGUUAAAAAAGGCUGGAGAUGGAAGUGGUGGAGGAGGUAUCAAGCUUGCUGGAACAACAUGGGACAAAGAAGCAUUGUCCUUAGCUGAAAAAGCCUGUGAGUCUUUUAACGGUGAGAUAGGCAUUUACGCAUUCAAGACUCUUCCAAACUCCACCAUACAAGUGAGAAUCGAACGGCUUACUAACAAGUCCGGUUCUCCAACAAUGGAGGACGUUGAAGCGUAUUCAAAAAUCUAUAGAGCUAAACUGUCUGAAGCUGAGCUCGCUAAGUCUAUACCAGACAACAUCUCUUUAGAGGUUUCAUCCCCUGGUGUUGAAAGAGUAGUAAGGGUUCCUCAGGAUCUUGAGCGGUAUAAGGAGAGGGCAAUGUAUGUUCGGUACGUUAACGAGGAAGCUGAGAGUGAAGGUGAUGGUAUCUUCAGGCUUGUUUCUUUUGAUGUGGAAGCUAAAAGCUGCGUUUGGGGAGUUGCUGAUAUUAGAGUGAACCGUGAGAAGGCAGGUAAAGGCAGACCUUUAAGCAAGAAGCAAAGAGAAUGGCGGCUUGAAACGUCUUUUGAGUCACUACGGUUAGUUCGUUUGCAUUCUGAAUGUUGA